GUGAUCUCAACAACUCUUGACACACGCAGCCGCAAAAAAACAAACAUUUGACACUGGAAAACUGUCAGAAGACACAGUGAGAGAACAUGACGACACUGCUGGACCUGAAGAGCAGUGUGCUGAGGCAGGUGCAGAGGAGCCAGUCUCUGAGGGGCCGCAGGGAGCCGACCCCCACCCCCAGCAGCCCCCUCACACACUGCCCCGACCCAUUGCCCCGCAGGAUUUCCGAGGAGAGCGUGGAGUUCUUUGAGCGUGUGAAUGCCAUCCUUCAGAAGCAGGAGAACAUGCUGCGGGCCGCCCAGGCUGAGGGUCAGAAAGGGGCCUGCACCGUGCCCCCCCCCCAGGAGCAUGUGGACCAGGCCUUUAUCCCCGACAGAAUCAGACGAACGGAGCUGGACCUGCUUUACGAGGAAGCUGUUUACACGGUGGUCAACAGGGUGGGAGUGCCUUCGCCUGAACACGCGAUCACUGAUGAGGAGCUGUUUGCUUACCUGAUGAAG